AUGGGUUCAAGUUCAUCACAGCCACCAGCAGAAUUAAGCGAAGAAGAUAUUGAAUUUAUUUCAAGUAAAGCAAAAAUUGAUCAUGAAAGUGUCAAAGUUUGGUAUGAAAAACUCAAGGCAGCCUGUCCAAAUGGAAAAAUUUCUAAGGCAGAUACUGUGAGUUUCUUACGAAGUAUUAAUAGUGGUAAAGAAGAUCAAAUUGAAAAACAAGCAACUGAUAUACAUAAAGCAUUUGAUUCAAAUAAUGAUGGAAUUGUUGAUCAACGCGAAUUUUUAAUUGGUUUUGCAUUAACAUCAACGGGUAGUAUUCGUGAAAAACUUAAAUAUGUUUUUCGUACGUAUGAUCAUGAUAAAGAUGGUGUUAUUAAUAAAAAAGAAAUUGAUCGAAUGGCUAAAAUUGCUAUAAGACUUCAUGCUAAAGAUGAUCCGGAAAAUACACAACGUAUUCUUGAUGAAUUAAAACAAUCACUUGAACAUCUUCAUCAUGGUAAAGAUUUGGAUGAUAUUAAAAUAACAUCAAAAGAAUUUAUACAAUUAUUAAUGGAAAAUAAAGAAUUAUGCGAUUUAGUAUCACCAUUUAAUAUUGAACAACCAAGAGAUGUUAUUGUUCAACAACCACAUGCUCAGUCAAAAUAA